UAUUUCGUGUAUUGCUGAUUAGAACAAGGUACGAACAACGAAUGAACGAACUUGAGACUUGUGAUUUGUGAACUGGUCGAGACGUGGUCCUGGCGCACUUAUAAAUCGUCAAAUCGAGAACGCUAGAAGAUCUUCAUGUGGGUGAUUGCGACGUUUGACAAAUAUUCGUCGAUUAGUUUUCGAUUUUAAUUCGUGGACGUCAUAAUAAUUUCAGAGUUACCACCUUAUAACCCGAAUUAAGUCAUUCAAUGAAGUACACGCACAGAGCAACAGAGAAUUUAUAAACAAUAGUUUAAAAUCAAUAUUUACUUGUAUAAAAAAAUGACAUUCUAUUAUAAAGGACAUGAAAAAAAAAUACCAGAAAUAAAAUGCUGGUAUCCAAAAUCAAUAGUGUAUGAUGUGAUCAAAGCUGGCAGUAUAGAUGGCACUGAUAAUGAACCACACGAUGCUGGAAUUAUUAGAGCCUUAAAUUCCAACUAUAAAACGUCUUACAAGGCGAAAGGGAAUCCUCUAAAUACAAUAUUUGUUGGCAGACUAAGCUUAGAUACAACGGAAAAAGAUUUAGAAAAUGAAUUUUGUCGCUAUGGUAAAAUGAUAGCUUUAAGGCUGGUUAAAGAUAUAAUAACUGGUUUAAGUAAACGAUAUGCUUUUAUAGAAUAUGAAACAUUUAAAAUGGCAUUGAAUACUUAUGUACUUUGUAAAAAACUAGUACUAAAGAAUUCUGAGGUAUUUGUGGACUUUGAAUGUGGACGAUUGCUACCUGGUUGGAAACCUCGAAGAUUAGGUGGAGGUUUUGGAGGAGAAAAACAAUCAGGUCAACUUAGAUUUGGCGGUAGAGUAAGAAGUUUUAGACCACCUUUAAAUCUGGAUGACUUUAAAAGGAAUAGAUCAAAUAAUUAUAAAGACAAAGAAAUUAGAAAAUCAAUUACAACUCAAUCUACUAGAAACAUUCAUUCAAAUUUUGUUAGCGUCUCAACUACACCUGCGCCUUCAAUUAUAUCAUUACCAUUAACACCACCAUCACAACCAGCUAUAGUUUUACCAUUAACACCGCCUUCGUAUUCAAAUGCACUGUUACCAUUAACACCACCUUCACAAUCAAUAAUAGUCUUACCAUUAACACCACCAUUAAAUUCAACUGUCACAUUACCAUUAACGCCACCAUCUCAUUCAACUACAUCUUUACCUUUAACGCCACCCCCAAUUCCACCUUCUUAAAAUUAUAUUAAAUUUCAAUUAACUUAUUGAAAAUUUAAAUGACUAGCUAUAAGUAAUAACAAUGUAUGUAAAUAUUAAUUUUUUUUUGUACUAAUUUAUCUGAAUAUUAUAAUAAUUAUUGUGAUUGUAAAAACUGUUUUUAUUAGGUACAAUUAUUGUUUUUUAUUAUUAGUAACUUACCAUACUUCAUAACUUUGCAAAUAAAUAUCAGUAUUCUCAAUUA